GUGUGUAAAGUAAUGAACAGUGAUAAGAAAAUAAGGAAAUCAAUGAAAUAAAUUAUGAAAAGAUCCAGUGACAACAAAAAUGUUACAGAAGCACAGACAAAGCAAGAAUUAAGGCACAACACUAAGUAUAUCAUGAUGAUUGUACUAAAAUGAUCCAGUGGAAAUGCACACAAUGCAUAGAUCUCUACAAACAAUACUCUUCAAAAGGAAAUUCAUCAAAAUUAACAAAUGAUCUAUAAAAAUAACAUCCAGUAAAGAUAGUUUGAAGCAUAAGGAACUUAUGAAUGCAACAAAAAUAUUGAAACAAUUGUGAUAAACAUGAACAAAAGACAUUCAUGAGUGACCUUCGUAAAAGGAAAUUUCAUAAUUUUAAAAACAACAAAAGAAAGGAACAAAAAAUAAUUUUUUUAAUAAUAUUACAGAAAACUGGAUCUUAAAUUAGAUGAUUUACACAUAAGUUUAUAGCUUAAGAAUUGUGAUUUCUAGUGAUAUACUUUAAUAAUCGAUAGUGGUGAUGAAUAGCAAGAUAUUUGCUGUAAUAUUCCACGUAUGCUUAGUGAAAUUAAUCUACGCCACAGACAUUUCUGAUUUAGUCUUUUCAAACAUUAAUGAUGGAAUAAUCAGUGCUUAUGGCGAUUUCAAUUCCGAUGAGCUAACGGACGUAUUUAUUAUUCGAGAUAAUUUCCAUACAAUUGAAAUUUUAUUGGCAUCAGAUACACCGCCUUUGCUAAGACGAGAUGAAAAGAACUUUAAAUGUCAUUAUCCUAAUUUAGACAUUACAUCAGUAGUUCCAGGUGAUUUCGAUGGAGAUGCUUUAAUGGAUGUCAUGUUUACAGCUCGUAAAAAUAAGAAGGAGGUUGAUGUCUAUAUCAAUUAUGGUGGAUUGACUUACUUAAAUUGUACUACGACAAAUAAUAGUGCUCCAGUGAUUUCAUCAAUGAUCGGAGAACCUUUAGCGCUGGAUUAUGAGAAUGACAUGAUUAUUGAUUUAUUUGGUUUACGGAUGGAUGAUGGAAUUGAAAAAAGAAGCUUAUGGAUUUUCAACAAGACCAGAAGUCCACCAAACAUUGAGGAUCUUGACACUAAAAUUAUUGGAGACAAGAAAUUAGGCAAGCUGACUAAUCCACAUUCUCAUGCUACAAUUGAUCUGAAUGAAGAUUUUCUAGCUGAUUUGAGCUUAUCAACUGAAAAAGGUUUUGAGCUUUGGAUAGCUGAUAAGUAUACUAAAAAGUAUCAUUAUGAAGAAGAAUUGUUAUUUCCAACAGGAUCGACUGCACAUUUCGGACAAGCUUUAUACAUUGAUUUAGAAUUAAAUGGAAAUAUGACCCAACUUAUUCCAGUUUGUCUUGAUGCAGAUUGUAAAGAGUCUAGAAUUUAUGUGCAUACAGAAAAUCAUUAUAAGGAAUUGGAAAUAAAUUUCUUUCAAGACGACAAUAAGACACAAUGGGGAUUCUUGUCGCCAAAAGAAGAUGGGAAAUUUUAUGAAAGAGCAAUGACAUUGCGAAUGGGUGAUUUUAACAAUGAUGGCUAUAUUGAUUUAUUAGCAACAUUGCAAAGGAAGGGACAAAGUGAACCAAUGAUUCAGACAUUCUUAUUAGAGAAUAUCAAAAGAUCUAAUCUUCAUGAUACUGAUAGAGUACGAAGAACAUUUGCUGUUCGUUGGAAUGCAUUAUCACCUUUUGGACAAGAUACAGUCAUGGCAAGUUUCUAUGAUUUUUAUCAAGAUGGUAUACUUGACGUAAUUAUGCUUCAAAAGAAUGGUGAUAAAUAUAAACCAUUAGCUUUUCGAAAUACUCUCGAUUAUGAUGCAAAUUUCGUUAAAGUCAUUGUUCUUACUGGACUAGAAAAUGCUAAAAAGCCACCAAAGGAGAACUCACCGUUUGGAUCAAAGUCUAAGUGCUACGGAUCAAACUUACCAGGACCUAAAAUAAAAUAUCAUACAACUACACAAGAAGGUCUGGCACAACACGGAGUAGCUACUCAAUUAUCACAAUCAGCAUACUUUUCGCUUCAUUUACCAUAUCAAAUUUUUGGUCUAGGACGCACACCAAAUUUCGUAGAUAAUGUAGAAAUCAUGUUUGCAGGCAAAAAGAAGACAUGGCCUCAAAUAAUUCCAAACUCACAAAUGCUCGUGAUUCCAAGAGAUCCGGAUCAAACUUAUACAUGGAAAGCACAGCUGUUUGUGACUCCUAGUAAAAUUAUUAUUCAAUCAGUCAUUGCCUUACUUGGAAUAAUAGUAGUCAUCUCAUUCAUCAUUAUUGGACUGCAUAUGAAGGAACGACGAGAAGACAAGCUAGAGAAAUUGCAAGAGGCUCAAAGAUUUCAUUUUGAUGCAAUGUAAACUGAUUUUAAUAUAUUUAUUAUUCUUUUCUUUUAUGUGAUAUCUGUUGUUAAAUUAAUUUGCUUUAAUUAAUAAAAUUAAUAUUUAUGAACAAGCUAAUUAUACCGG